CCUCCGAUCUACGCCGAUGGCUUCUCCGACGACAGGAGACGGAAGCGAUCUCUGGGCGGAGAUCGUCUCCCAAGGGGAGCAACCGCCGGCAGUGCCUCAAGUUGCUGUGGUUUACGAAAGAAGAAGGAGAACGGCCUCGGAUACGAACCCUAAGCAAGUACAGAUAUGUAGACCGAGCAGGGAAUGGCGAGUGAGCUUUGCCCCGACCAAGAGACCUAGCUGGAAUCGAUCCCUUUCCACCAGAGGAAGGGAAAGUAUUGUAGUCGCAACGGGGGUGUAUUUUAGACCCCAAGUCAAACAAAGAGGAGCACCCAAGAGAGGGAAGAAAGGAGGCAGAGCAAAGAAAACUGGCCAGGAUUCUCCAGAUUUCACAAAGGAGAAGAAUUACUUCCUAGAGGUUGACUCCUUUGAGUUACUGGAAGAGAGUCCUUCUCCUAAGAAUUUUAGCACCUGGACCAUGGGUGCAAAACAAGUUGCGGCUGUGCAUGAUUUGCCUGCCAUUUUAGAGAGAUGGAAAAUCUCAAAACUUGUUUCGCAAUGUGGCUCUUCACAACAUUUAUUUAAAAUCAUGGAAACGCCAUUUUCAGUUCCUUCUGUACUUGGCAGUUGUGGUUCCUCCAACAAUUUGACUGAUAAAACACCUGAAAGGGAUUUGAGGACAAAGCUUCCGUCAAAGUUUGGUUCAUACAAGGAAAGCCGUAAACCAGAACUGGUUUCAAAUAGUUCAAUUAGAAAUUUGGUUGAUAACAGCAUUGUGGCUUCCUUUGAUUCACUUAGCAUAAAGGAAAAAGAAGUAGAAAAUGGGAUAUGUGAAAAUGCAGAAAUCUUGCAAGAAGUGCAUGUCUCCAGUGAGUCAAAAAAAGCUACUCAAAUUGAUGCAUCACAAUUUACGACAUCCGAUGGGGAAUAUCUGAAGGCAUUUGACCAACUUCUGAUGAUUUGCCGACAAUCUGCGCCAAUCAGUCUUGGAGAAGUCUUCUCUAGACACUGUGAGUUGAGCAGUAUUGCCAAAAUUGGUGAAGGCACAUAUGGGGAGGCUUUCAAAGCUGGUCAAACUGUUUGCAAAGUAGUACCUAUUGAUGGAGAUCUGUUAGUAAAUGGAGAAGUUCAGAAGAAAUCUGAGGAAGUGCUUGAGGAAGUUAUGCUUUCUUUGACAUUAAAUAGCUUAAGAGGUAGACAAAAGGAAACUAACACUAAAAAUGCAUGCUCUGGCUUCAUUGAAACAAAAGAUUUUUGCAUCUGCCGAGGACCCUAUGAUGAUGGAUUGAUUAGUGCUUGGGAAGAUUGGGAUGCAGUGCAUGGUUCUGAAAAUGAUCAUCCCAAAGAGUUCGUGGAGAAUCAGUGCUAUAUAGUAUUUGUACUUGCUGAUGGCGGGAAAGAUCUGGAAAGUUUUGUACUAGGUAACUAUGAUGAGGCUCGAAGUUUAUUGGUGCAAGCUACUAUUGCUUUGGCUGUGGCGGAAAGUGCUUGCGAGUUUGAACAUCGAGAUUUGCAUUGGGGCAAUAUUCUUUUAACUGAUACAAAAGAUACUUCAACAAAUUUUACUCUUCAUGGAAAAAAGAUGGGAGCUAAGACAUUUGGGUUAGCUAUUUCAAUAAUAGAUUUUACUCUCUCCCGUAUCAAUACUGGCGAAGCUAUAUUAUUUCUUGACUUGUCUGCUGAUCCUGGACUCUUUGAGGGUCCAAAAGGAGAUAAACAAUUUGAAACAUACCGCAAAAUGAAAGACUUAACUGAAGACUGUUGGGAAGGAAGUUUCCCCAAGACCAAUGUUCUCUGGUUAAUAUAUCUUGUGGAUAUCUUGUUGACAAAGAAAUCAUUUAAACGAACAGCAAAGGAUGAGAGAGAUCUUCGUUCUUUCAAAAAACGUUUGAAUGAAUAUGGAUCUGCUACAGAUUCUCUCUCUGAUACUUUCUUCAGCGACUUGCUGAUCAAUGAUUCAGAAUGAGCUUCCAUGAACCAAUUGAAGUACAUGCGAGUAUGGGGCAAGUGUAAUCUCAGAAGGGUCACCAUCCAAUUGCUUGCUUGCUAUUAAGAUUAUGAGAAUUGAAUCCCUUUCAGAAUUCAGUAGUCAGCAAAUGCCAGGUGCUUAUGAACUCGAGCAGAAACUGCUGUAUAUUAUUUUCCCUUGAGCAGUUUGUCAGAACAAAUCUCUGAUGAUGUUCAUCAUUUUUCAGUAAUACAAUGACAAGUUUAUGCCCUUUCCCAUUGAUUG